UAUUGUUUUUGAUAUCACGAUAAUGCGAUACCGAAUGAUAUCGACCAUCGCACCACCACACCGAAUUUGAAGACGGUUAUCAACACGUUUUUCGUUUUUCGUCAUUUUUCAACAGCGUUCAUCUCCUUAUCAAACCUUACCCAAUCGUUUUCGUUAUUAUGGAAUGAAAUACACCAAUUUACUUAAUUAAUUUGUCGACUGCCAGACAAAGUGAUCACCUUUUAAUUUUCAUUUCCGUCGACGGUCGCCUACCUGUAGUAACAGCCCUACUACGAUUCCGAUUUCCGACAAACAGCGUGUCGUACUGUCUGUCUGGCUAUCGUUGCUCAACCAUUAGUGUUUAUUCUACUUUCACUGGGACCGGACGGACAGUGUCAUUUACAAGGCAAUACAAUUUUAACUAACAAUAUAAUAUUCGCAUUUCGCAAUAUCCAGAGAUAAUAUUGGCGUACCGCGUUUAGCGAUUCCACUUGCCGUUUCCAAAACAAGCAUCCGAUUUCCUGUGCACACGUUUUGGACUACGCAACGUACCAAAAAAUGUCUAUAGCCGAAUUCCUGGAUGGCAUGCCAUCCUUUGACAAACGCAAUUUUUCCCGUUUCCAUUCAGACAAUGGUCGGAGUAAGCGUGUUCCAGUUUACAUAACAACAGAUGAUCAACCUUGCGACCAAAUUAUUGUUACUGACAAGUCAAAUUUGUUACUCCGGUAUUUACAUAACCAAUGGGAUAAAAAGCAUGGAGGUAAAAAAAGAGAAUUGGUUGAAACAGGUGAAGAAUCUGCCUCAUCGUCUAGAAAACGUCCAAGAGUAGAACUAGGUGUAUUGUAAAACUUCUGGUAAUAAAAUAAUUCCAAUGUAAGUAAGUUAUCUAAAAUUUUUGGACUAAAAUACCUGAUUUGGCUAAUUUUAAGAACAAUGAAAUUUGCUAAUUUAAGGAUAUACUAUAGUCUGGAUAUAAAACUAAUUAGUAACACAUAUGGUAUUAUUUUGAAUGAUUUUUAGAGUUUGCAAAAAUAUUCAAUUGACAACUGUUAGUUUGGAUAUUCACAACUUAUAAGCUUAAAUAAACAUUCUAUUGAUAAUAUUGUAUGUUUAAUAAUAAGUUCAUUUAGUUGUUUAACCUAUUUACAUUUGUCUUCAUUAUAUUGUAUUUAUAUGUUAAUAUUGUAUUUAUUGUAUUACGAAAUUCAUAUUAAUUAUUUAUGUAACAAAAUUUUAUACUGAGAAUAUUGUGGUUAACUUUUCACUAUAUUAUACUUAAUUAACAAUUGUAUGUUACUAUACACAAAAUUGUUUAUUUAUGUUCCAUCAUUAGUAUUAAAUAUUCCUGUAUAAAACAAAAUACAAUAAAUAUCUAUUUAUUUUGACAUGUCAUAAA